UCACAUUACCAUAUUGAUCACAACAAUGUAUUGGCCGCGUGGUUAAACCUGGCCCGAGUAUAUACCAUUUAUUCCCGAUAUAUAAAAUAUUCACAUAAAUACCGUAUAGUUUUGUGAUCGGAUAAAGCUAAACUGAGACGUAGUGGCAAAUCGUUUUCUGAUAAGUACUGUUUUUAUCCUUAUUUUUUUCUUGAAGGAAUUACAACCGGAAAAGUGUGUGUAUAAUACAGAAUUAUUUGAGAAGAUAUGGAAGUUAUUCUAGUUUACGAAGAAAUUCCACCGUAAUCGAUCGGAUAUGCACAUGACUAAUUAGAGUAAUUAUGGCUGAUGCAAAAACAAAAGGUGGUGGUGAGCAGAAUCUAACGGUAUGUCUUCGUUUACGUCCUAUGAACGAGGAUGAGAUUCUGCUCGGGGCCACGUGCAUUGCUCAUAAAGUUGAGGACAGGAUGGUUGUUCUCAUGGACCCAAUGGAGGAUCCAGAAGAUAUUCUUCGCGCAAACAGGUCCAGAGAAAAGCAGUUUGUGUUCGAUACCUGCUUCGACGGAAGUUGCAAUCAGGAGGAUGUUUAUGAGUCGUCAACAAAAUUCCUUAUAGAAAACGUGAUUACAGGGUACAAUGCCACUGUCUUCGCAUAUGGUGCUACAGGUGCUGGAAAGACAUAUACUAUGUUGGGCACAGAUGAUGACCCUGGCAUAAUGGCUCGUACACUUAAUGACCUCUUUAUUUCCAUGGAUAAAACUCGGGAAGACAUGAAAUACAAAGUAACAAUGUCAUACCUUGAGAUAUACAACGAAAUGAUCAGGGACCUUCUGAACCCAAGUUCGGGUAUAUUAGAUCUCCGAGAAGAUUCCAAGGGUGGUAUACAGGUUGCUGGUCUCACUGAGGUCAAAGCAAGAUCAACCGAUGAGGUAAUGAGACUUCUGUUACAAGGUAACACACAGCGUACCCAAGAACCUACAGCUGCAAACAAAACUUCUUCUCGGUCACAUGCUGUGCUUCAAGUUAUUGUACGCCAACAGAAUAGAGUGAAAAACACGAUGCAAGAAGUCCGGACCGGAAAAUUGUUCUUGAUAGACCUUGCCGGAUCAGAGAGGGCAGCUAAUACACAUAAUAGAGGGAAACGGAUGGUUGAAGGUGCACAUAUAAAUAGGUCGUUGCUCGCUCUUGGAAAUUGUAUAAAUGCAUUAACGGAUAAGAAUGGCAGAGGCUACGUGAAUUACCGGGACAGCAAGCUAACUCGUCUACUGAAGGACGCACUGGGCGGCAACUGUAAGACCGUUAUGAUUGCCCAUAUAUCACCAGCAAGCAUACAUUUUGAGGAGUCUAGAAAUACGCUUGUUUACGCCGACAGAGCGAAACAUAUCAAAACUAAGGUCCGACGAAAUGUGACAGAUGUGGCGUACCAUAUUGCCCAGUACACAAACAUCAUACAAGAACUUCGAGAUGAGAUCAACCGGCUUAGACAUAAACUAAAUAACCCUGAAAGUGCCAGGCGAAAGUCAAAUAUAGCAGACAUUCAGUCUGUACAAUCUGAAGUGAUGGAGGCUAAACGUAACGCUGACAGAGAAGUGAUGAACAAAUUGAAAGAACAAUUACUAAUAUCCUUCAAGGAUCAAAUGGAGCUCAGGAAAAGUUUAAUGGAACUGAAUAAUGCCACCAUGGAAAUCUCCCUAGAAACAAAUCGCAAUCAGAACAUAAUUUCGGAGUGGGAACUUGAUAUGGCAAGGGCCAGCAAAGCCAAACACCCAGAUAAACCAUUAGAGAAAUUACUAGAAGCAAACAAGAAAGCAAUAGAAAUGGCAGGGACGGGGACUGAUGAGAUCGAGGGUGCUGAAGACGUCAGGCAAGCAAAAGAAGAACUGAAAGUUUUACAUGACGAGAAACGCAGAACUGAGAAAAUCCGAGCCACAGUAAAGAAAGAGUUGGAUAUGGCUCGUGCAAAGACAAGGAAAUACGAAGAGAUGAUUCCGCACCGAGUAAAAUCGGAAGACCAAAAAGAAGUGCUUAAGUUGUUAUGCAAAGUGCACGAGCUGGAGAUUCAGAACACUGAGGUUCAGUCGUCUUGUAUAAUAAGAGAUUUCCAGAUCAAGAAGAAAGAUAUGGUAAUAUCUAGAUACAGACAACAUCAGCAUCUCAGUGACCAGAUCAUCAGGAAACAAAAACGACUUAUUGAAGAAAAUAAACUAUUUGUAUCUAAAGAACUAGAGGAACUGAUUGAGAUGUACAAACUGGAGCGGAAUUUACAAAGGGAGGACUCUGAUAUCAGCAUAGGUUCCGAUGUCGGCUUGAAGUUGAAUGGCUUGGAUGUUGACCAACUUAGUACACUCACAGAAGAAACAGAGCCUACAAUCAGCAGACGACAGAGAACAACAGAUUUGAGAAGAACGAAUUCCGAUGAUAAGAUAUUCUCCCAUACACCUAAAGCUCGACAAAUUGAAAAUGCAAACUCGAAAUUUGACAGGGGGAAUUUAUCAGGAGCAUGGCGAAAUAAUUCCAGUCUCAGUCAAGAGAUUGACAGAGUUACGCCCCCUCUGGAUAUUCAUCCGGAGCGUAACAGUCUUGGUGCUCCAUCGAGAAAUUCAAAUAGUGACAGAAACACGAUAGUUACUAACACUAGAAACAUAGCAGCCCUUGCGGCUAGAAAGCGCAAUAGGGCGCAGACAAAUUUAAACAAUAUUGAAAAACGCAGCGAGAUCGUAGAUCCGAGACCGCUCUAUAGACCUUCACACGGCAGUAAAGAUUCUCUGGAUGACAGAGACAAUAAAGAUGCAUACCUUACACCAAGUAGACUUGAUAAACAUAACAGGACAUUUAUACCGGAUGCUCCGUAUGUGUCUAUAAGUAAAGCACCUAGUGAGGACAGUCUGUCAACAGUGACAAAACAUACGGUAAUAUCGGAACGAUCUUUACCACCUUUGCGUAGAGUCGGAGAAGCAAAUGGAGAUAAAAAUAGAAGUAUGAAUAUGCGGCAGUGGGUUCCUGUUAAUGAGCCUACAUUCAACAGGAAGAAAAAGAAAGAGACAUAUACACAUCAGUAUUUAAAAAAGAACCAUGGUCGCAAUGGCAAAGGUAGAAACAACCAAGAUAAUAUAACAAAACAGAAAACAAGUCGAACUGAUCCAGACAAAGAUUUUGACUCUUUGUCACUUGGAAAAAAGAAAUUCAAUAGAGGGGGACAGAGUUCUGACACGUCGAGCAUGGGAACUCCAAUGAAUAACGGAAAUGGGAAAAAGCGACCUCCUCCAACUAUACCAGCAUACAAGAAAGGGGACAUAACUAUUACCGGAUUUAGUCUGCCCAGAUACAUGAUUCCGCACCGAGUAAAAUCGGAAGACCAAAAAGAAGUGCUUAAGUUGUUAUGCAAAGUGCAUGAGCUGGAGAUUCAGAACACAGAGGUUCAGUCGUCUUGUAUAAUAAGAGAUUUCCAGAUCAAGAAGAAAGAUAUGGUAAUAUCCAGAUACAGGCAGCAUCAGCAUCUCAGUGACCAGAUCAUCAGGAAACAAAAACGUCUUAUUGAAGAAAAUAAACUAUUUGUAUCUAAAGAACUAGAGGAACUGAUUGAGAUGUACAAACUGGAGCGGAAUUUACAAAGGGAAGACUCGGAUAUCAGCAUAGGUUCCGAUGUCGGUUUGAAGUUGAAUGGCUUGGAUGUUGAACAACUUAGUACACUCACAGAAGAAACAGAGCCUACAAUCAGCAGACGACAGAGAACAACAGAUUUGAGAAGAACGAAUUCCGAUGAUAAGAUAUUCUCCCAUACACCUAAAGCUCGACAAAUUGAAAAUGCAAACUCGAAAUUUGACCGGGGGAAUUUAUCAGGAGCAUGGCGAAAUAAUUCCAGUCUCAGUCAAGAGAUUGACAGAGUUACGCCCCCUCUGGAUAUUCAUCCGGAGCGUAACAGUCUUGGUGCUCCAUCGAGAAAUUCAAAUAGUGACAGAAACACGAUAGUUACUAACACUAGAAACAUAGCAGCCCUAGCGGCUAGAAAGCGCAAUAGGGCGCAGACAAAUUUAAACAAUAUUGAAAAACGCAGCGAGAUUUUAGAUCCGAGACCGCUGUAUAGACCUUCACAUGACAGCAAAGAUUCUCUGGAUGACAGAGACAAUAAAGAUGCAUACCUUACACCAAGUAGACUUGAUAAACAUAACAGGACAUUUAUACCGGAUGCUCCGUAUGUGUCUAUAAGGAAAGCACCUAGUGAGGACAGUCUGUCAACAGUGACAAAACAUACGGUAAUAUCGGAACGAUCUUUACCACCUUUGCGUAGAGUCGGAGAAGCAAAUGGAGAUAAAAAUAGAAGUAUGAACAUGCGGCAGUGGGUUCCUGUUAAUGAGCCUACAUUCAACAGGAAGAAAAAGAAAGAGACAUAUACACAUCAGUAUUUAAAAAAGAACCAUGGUCGCAAUGGCAAAGGUAGAAACAACCAAGAUAAUAUAACAAAACAGAAAACAAGUCGAACUGAUCCAGACAAAGAUUUUGACUCUUUGUCACUUGGAAAAAAGAAAUUCAAUAGAGGGGGACAGAGUUCUGACACGUCGAGCAUGGGAACUCCAAUGAAUAACGGAAAUGGGAAAAAGCGACCUCCUCCAACUAUACCAGCAUACAAGAAAGGGGACAUAACUAUUACCGGAUUUAGUCUGCCCAGAUACUUGGAAUUUACAUCGAAAAAUGCUGCUGCAGAAUAUAGCUUUUGUUUAUAAAAUUAUUAGGGGAUACAUGUAGUACUUUUAUAAUUAUAUUGAAAGUCAAUGUACUGUAUUUUAAACAAAAAUAAAAUAUUCCAAAAAGGUGAUUUUGUUAAGGUGGAAUAAUAUAAGUAAAAUCUAGUGCUAAAAUGUAUUGUGUCAAACAUUUUGUCAUUUCAGACUUCAAAACUAUUUCUCAAACAACUCUAUGCAUUCCUCUGAUAUAGCAUGAUUGCAUUUAGGCAGUUUUAAAUUUUAAGGCAGCUGCAAUUACUAGUUCACUUGAAUGAGUAAAUGUGGUGUUAUGUAUUAUAAUGAACGUAAUGUCCGCUCGUCUGUUAUGGCUUAAUGUUUCUGUCCGUCCACAUAUUUCAUACUGCUGAUAUUAUCUGUGUAGCUUAACUUAACGUAACAAUCAUUAAAACAAUUUUAUACUGUAUUUCUGCGCCGUUAAUGUUUCUUUAAAUAUAUAUUUAAAUGCUAUUUUGUUUCCAUGGUCGUUUAAAAUAAUUUGAUGUUUCUUUUCUGUAUUGUCUGUGAUAUGUUAGCGACAUGUCUGUGAUAAAUUAUAUGUUUGACAAGCGUAGCUCACUUACGUGCUUGUGUCACGCAUUCGCAUGGCAACAUCACUAAGUCUCACAAAGUGUUUGUUUACUCGGAAAUUUCUGUUACAAUUAAUGAAUCGACAAGCCCAAAAUUAGGAAUUAUCUACUGAUGUCAUUCUGAAAUUUGAUUCCAUUUUAUUUGUAUAAUUAAGGUAAACAUAUAGAUAUAAUUCCAUAGAAAAUCUUAUAGCUAAAGCUAGCGCGUUCGUUUUGUUAGACUGGUCACUAAACAAAGGUCCUUAACAAUUGUAUUUUUCAUUUACAAUAUGAUAACUACCUAUUUUGAAACUGAAGACAGUACAUUUAUUUUGCUACACAUUUAAUGUGUUUUGUUGAUUAAUAAAGAACAGGAAUUUCAGAAGUAAACUUUUUCGUUGUUGCUUUAGUGAUAAUUUUAGCAUGGUGAGGCGUUAGAUAAAGGUGUUGGGAAAUUUAUUAUAUUGGCAUUUUGACGUAACAUUUCCACUUCAGACCAUUUCGUUAAAAUAAUUCGAUGUGUUUUUAUCAGGUCUGAACAUGGAAAAGUAUACGCAGUGUGAACAUGAAUGUAAUAAUGACAUGUAUUGUUAAAUAGAUUAUUUUUAUACUGUUCCGUCCUUUGUUAGAAACAAUCCGUCCAAAACUUAACCAUCUUUUCUUCUAUAAACUUUUUUAAAAAGAUUUUGUGUCGGCUAAACAAGUGCUCUUUACCUCAAUGUUAAUUGAUGCAGUAACUCUGUUGGCCAUCACAUUAUUAUGUCUCUAUAAAGUAGUUCUAACUGUAUAGUAAUUUAUAGUAUUUUUGCACCGUUAUACGAGCACAUUGUUGCAAGUUUCGUUUUUUGUUGUAACUAUGUGCACAUAACAAUCAAAACGAAACUCGAUUGUAGCAUUUGAAUUCUUACUUUUCGCAGUAAUUAAGGUGUGCCAUUAUAAAAGAAUCACAAAAAGUGGAUUAUUGUAUUCUAUAUAUACUUAUUUUCUUUCUUUUUUAGGCCGGAGUAAUGUACUUUUUGACAUUGCUUUGUUAUACUUGUAAUACGUGUUACAUGAAAUUAUUCAUGCACUUUAUUACCUCGCUCGUAUUCCAUUUCAUUAACCUCAACUACAUUGGAAACAUGGCUAAUUGUCUUCUUAAUCUACUAAUAUUUGUUAAAUUGGGUCAUGUCACUUGACCCUUUGUUUUGUAAAUAUAACUGUUAAUUAAGCAAUAUUUGUAUGGUAUGUUCUGAGAUAAGA